CCGCCGGCUUCCUCCAGCCUCCCUCUCUCCUCCUUUCUCUCUCUCCCCCUUCUCUCUCUCUCUCUCUCUCUCCCUUUUUUUUCCUCCUAUUUAUGAAAACGUCACUUCAAGUCCCUCCCUGUUUGAAUCUCAUUAGUUUCUUGUGUGUUUCUCCCUGUCAAUAAUCCUGAAUCCAGACUCUCUCUAUUUCCAUCCCUCUCUAUCUGUCAAUCAGCGCCGCCUUUGAACUGAAAACCACUCCGACCAACUUCAACUCACUCAAUCCGAGCGGCUCGGCUCCUUCUCCGGCUUCCUUUUUCUGCCAAGAUUCCCUUCUUUUUUAGUUUUGUACCAACCGCCAGAGCUUUGGAAAACGCCAAUACAGACCCCAAACUUAAACUCGGACUUUCUAGAUCACCGAGAUCAAGGGUUUAAAACUUUGUGUUUUGCCCCUCAGAAAAAAUUUUGCUCGGGAAAAAUGCCGCAGCUCAACGGCGGUGGAGGGGACGAUCUGGGUGCAAACGAUGAAAUGAUUUCCUUCAAAGACGAAGGGGAGCAGGAAGAGAAAAUUUCGGAGAACUCCUCGGCAGAAAGGGAUUUAGCAGAUGUCAAAUCUUCUCUUGUAAACGAAUCGGAAACGAAUCAAAACAGCUCGUCGGAUUCAGAGGCGGAAAGACGGCCUCCGCCUAGAUCUGAAACUUUCAGAGACAAAACAAGAGAAAGUUUAGAGGAGGCUGCGAAAAGGCAAGAUGGAGGGCUGUUCAAGAGCCCACCGUACCCGGGCUAUCCAUUUAUAAUGAUCCCCGAUCUCACAAGCCCCUACCUUCCCAAUGGAUCACUUUCUCCAACAGCACGCACAUACCUACAGAUGAAAUGGCCCCUGCUAGAUGUUCAACCAGGAGGUCUUCAAAGUAGACAAGCACUUAAAGAUGCCAGGUCCCCAUCACCGGCACACAUCGUUUCUAAUAAGGUUCCUGUGGUACAGCACCCUCACCACGUGCACCCUCUCACGCCUCUGAUCACCUACAGCAAUGAGCACUUCACACCAGGGAACCCCCCACCUCACCUACAGACAGACGUGGACCCCAAAACAGGAAUUCCAAGGCCUCCACAUCCUCCAGAUAUAUCUCCUUAUUACCCACUGUCACCUGGCACUGUCGGCCAAAUCCCCCAUCCGCUAGGAUGGUUAGUACCACAGCAAGGUCAACCUGUUUAUCCAAUCACAACAGGGGGUUUCAGACACCCCUACCCAACUGCGCUCACUGUCAACGCAUCCAUGUCAAGUCUUCUGUCCUCUAGGUUCCCCCCACACAUGGUGCCCCCUCACCACAGUUUGCACACCACGGGCAUCCCACACCCAGCCAUCGUCACACCCAACGUCAAGCAGGAAUCCUCCCACAGUGACAUCAGCUCUCUCAACAGCUCGAAACAGACAGAUGCUAAAAAGGAAGAGGAGAAAAAGAAACAGGUCCACAUAAAGAAGCCUCUGAAUGCCUUCAUGCUGUACAUGAAGGAGAUGCGCGCCAAGGUGGUUGCUGAGUGCACACUGAAGGAAAGUGCUGCCAUCAACCAGAUCCUGGGGCGAAGGUGGCAUGCCCUAUCGCGGGAGGAGCAGGCCAAGUACUACGAGCUUGCCAGGAAAGAACGACAGCUGCACAUGCAACUGUACCCAGGCUGGUCAGCACGAGAUAACUAUGCGGCUAACCAACAGGGGAAAAGGAAGAAGAGAAAAAGGGAAAAGCAGCAAGCAGAGAGCAAUGAACACAGAGAAUAUUUUCCAAACCCUUGCCUUUCACUCCCUCCGAUUACAGACCUGAGCGCUCCUAAGAAGUGUCGAGCGCGCUUUGGGCUCGAUCAACAGAAUAACUGGUGUGGCCCGUGCAGGAGAAAAAAAAAGUGCAUUCGCUACAUCCAAGGUGAAGGCAGCUGUGCCAGUCCUCCCUCUACGGACGGAAGCUUACUAGACUCCCCCCCAUCUUCUCCCUCCUCAGUGGUUCCCUCCCCCUCCUCAAAAGAGUCCAAACCUCAGACUGAACAAAUGCAACCUCUCUCACUGACUAUGAAACCGGCCCACCAGCCACUCCACCACCCGCACCUCCUGGCUGGGCCGCCGCCAUCUUUGGUUCAGCUGGAAAACUCUGCUGCAGCUAGCAAAACGCCCGGCGCCUCCUCCCACAACGGAGCCCUGGAGCACGGUGACGUCUCGUCCUCGCGGCAGCCGGGCUCCUCUGUGGCGUCCUCACUGGCCCGGCCCUCGGCAUCGCUGUGUCAUUCCCACUCGCUCCUCCCCUCCACGGCCCCUCAGCCUCUGUCGCUAGUGACCAAGUCUAUAGAAUAGUCUACCCUAUUCUUCUUCUCCUCUUUUCUAGCUCUGCACACACACCUUUCUAGGCCCUCUCUCUGCUAUAUUUCACUUUGCCGUCAGUUCUUUUCUCUUUACGUUUCUGUGCCAUGAGGCUUUGAAAUUUUAGUUUUUGUUUUAUUAAAGUUCAUUGGUCAAUAUUUGACCCAUCAUUAUCAAAAAGUCUAAUUAUUAUAAAGAAAUGAUACAAUGAGCUGUAGUAUAGCUUUGUGAAUCUGCCAAAAUUUUUAUGAAUUUUGUUUUGUCUUUUUUGUAGUGUUUAAACAGUGCAAACAGAAAAAAAUUAUUUAGUUCAACUUCAAAAUGUUUAAAAGACGGAUAUAAAAAGGUAGGCUAGAUUAUUCAAUGAGCCCUUUUCUUGAAAGAGUUGGUUCUCCUUCUUUAUUUGUAUUAAAUACGAGCUUGCGAACCAAUCAUUUGACAUCUGUUCAAAGUGUAGGAGGGCAUGAGGCUAGCAGUGACACCUCUCUGAGGAACAACUUCAAUUGUGAUGUUACUUGUUCUUGUUUAAAUGUACAGAAUAAUGGGGAGGGGGGAUUACUGUGUUAAAUAUGCAUUCUUCCACUGCGUUGUCUUUUUCUUUGUUGUUUACCUUUGGGGUGGAGUCAGGCAAGUUGGGUGGGCUUGAAGGGAGGUCGGGGUGGGGGGGGUUGAGGGUUAUUAAAUUCAAAAUGUCACAACGCUAGGACCAGUAGUAUUUAUUGCUUUAGAGAUUGCUUGUUGUAUCUUGUACGUGUCUCUUUUUGACUUUUGUUUCUUAAUACAUUGUACAAAUAUUUUUUCUUAAGGUAAGCGACUUAUAUAUGAAUGAUCCAUUUUUACAAGGAGGUUUUAAAAGGUAAAAAUCUUUUGUUAUUGAUUUCUUUCCGCGCUGAAAACCUGGAUUCCACUCAGUGUACUGUGUAGAUCUCAUGAACAGAAGUAUGCACAACUUCAUUUCAAGAAAUGCGUCUAUAAGCCAUUUUACAAAAAGAAGAAAAGAAAACUUGAAACAAGAGACAGUGGGUACCGUGUCUUCAGUAGUUGGAAAAGUGUCUAAAGCCCUUCUUUUUUAUUGCACAGUCACAUCUCUCAGACUGUAGAUUCGUGUACAGAUUUUCCGUGCCAAAUUUUGUGAUAAUUUUCUCUGCCCCUCUAACCAUGCUCUAGGGAUUUUUUUUUUGUUUUGUUGUCAUUUGUUUUGUUUUGUUUUGUUUUUUUUAAUUUCGAUACCAUUCUUUGCUGUGACGUUACAUAGAUUGCUAUGUAUGUAGUAUAAAUGUUGCUAUAACAAAUGUGUUUGGUAGCAAAUUGUCAAAUAUUAAAAUUUAAACUUAAUAAAAAGACGGACAUCAUACUGUAUAAACCCACAAGGGCCAAAUUAUGUAUAUUAGGAGGUUCAUAAAAAAACUAUUAAAUACAAAAAAAUACACAAACUGCCACUUUUAAGUACACUACUACAUAUAGGUAGAUAGAAAAAAUAGGCAUGUUGAUGUUGCAAGAGGCUGUAAAAAAAGCUACAAGAGAAUCAUCCACUCGGUGCCAUUGUAGUUGACAUGACGCGACUGUAAUCUGUCGAUUUCUUCUCUGGUUUAUUAAGAUGCUAAUGAUAAAUAGUUUGAAUGUUUCCUUAACGGCUGUGAUGUUCCUGUUCUAUUUUAUGCUCUUAUCUUUUUGUUUGUUUGUUUUUUCCUGUUAUUUUAAAUGGUUCCAAAACCAUGUUUUUUUGUAAUGAAUAAAUGUUUAUGCUGUACAGUCUCUGUAGCAUGCAGUUCUGUAUUAAUAAAAGCAACUUAGUAUGUGCA